UUUUCGACUGCCGCUUAAACAUCGUGUGCAUCGUACGCUACGCUAAUUUCUUCAGUUACGGUGAUUAUUGACAACAUGAAGAUGCUGAGACUCUGGGCAUGCCUGGUCCUGGUCUGCUCCGUACAAGCUACGCCAUUUUACAGCGACUUAAUGCAACAUUUAACACGACCAUUACCGCUGCAUCGCACGCUGUUUGCGCCCAUUCCAUUUGCACCACUCGCACCGCUAGAACCACUGCAUGCUCAGCCGUCACAGCGUGUGGCCAGCGUCUGGGCAGCGCCCCCGCCAGCCCCGCUAGCGGCUCAGCAGCCACGCCCCCAAGCCUUACUUAAUACGCCACUGUUGCCACUCUACAGUAGCAGCUACGGAAGCGAUGGCCUCAGCGAAACAGACUUCGUGCCACUGGAGCAGCAGUCGCUGCAGCAAGCACGUCAGGAUGCGGCCGCAGCUGCAGCCGCUGUCCCAGCACAGGCCGUGCAAUCGAAGCCGUUCAAUGUUGAUGCCAUCACCACGGACGUGAACUCUCCCAAUCCAGCCGUCUUCUUUCAGCAAUCAUUCCCAUUCUUUGGCAAUGAGUUCUUCAACUCUUUUGGCGGCUUCGGCUUUGGUAACACUCAGGAGCCUUGGUGGAAGGGACCCAACGUGUGCACCGAGAAGGAGGAAAAUGACGGUGCGACCACGGAAACUGACGGUGAUGAAACAGUGGACAGCUUUGGUCAAGAACGUGAUGGUACCAGCAGCGUGAUCCGUUCGCCACUGUUUGGCCAGUUCCAAUUCAGCGUGAACUCCUGUGCCGAGAAACCCAACAAGCACGUCUGCACCAAGAUCGUCAAUCAAAAUGGAAAGAAGAAGAUGGUGACUCUGACUCGCCAGUGCUGCUAUGGCUAUGGACGUCCCCGCAACGCGGACUUCACGGUUCCCUGCGAGAAGAUUGAGAUCAAAGACAUCGAAGCCACUGCCGCCGACAUGGGAGCCCAGCAGUUCAUUGAGAGCGCCAAGAGUGCCGGCGAGUUGGGCAAUAUGCUGUCCAACGGCCAAGGCAAGAAAAUGACGCUCUUCAUACCCAACGAUGCCGCUUUCCAGGAAUACCGCAGCCAGCAUCAGCAAGAGAACAACGUGGAUGACUCCAAGCCAGAGGGUUCCCAAAUGUCGUCAAUUUACAAGCUGCACUCCGUGCUGGGCGACGUGGAGCUCGAGGAUGUGCCGAACGAUAAGCUGCUGCAGAGUGAACUGCCCGGCCAGAAGAUACGCAUCAAUAGCUAUCAGCUGCCGCCAGCACUUGGCCUGGAGCCCUAUCGCUAUGCCGCCAACUGUGUGCCCAUUGAGAAGCACGACAAGCUCUCCGAGCAGGCCCUGGUGCACACACUGAGAGGCGUGCUGAAGCCUCUGACCAAGAAUGUAAUGGAUCUAAUACGUGAGCGCUCGGACAUGUCUAUCAUGCGCACCGUGCUGGAGAAGACCAAUGUCAGCGCUCUGCUGGAGGCUGAUAAGCCCGUCACCAUCUUUGUGCCCACGGAUGCUGCCUUCGAUAAGCUGGAGCCACAUUUUCGACGAGCCCUGAAGGAGGGACGUGGCUGCGCCUCCAACAUACUGAAGAACCAUAUUCUGGACCUGACCUUCUGCUCGUUGGCCACGCUGCCAGGUGCCAAGACAACCACCUACAAUCUGCUGGGCGAGCCACUGCUGCUCAACCGCACGCGCAGUGCCCUGAAUCAAACAGAGCAGCCGGCCAUCUACAUUAAUAAUGCCGCCAAGAUUCUAGACGCCGAUAUAAUGGGCACCAAUGGAGUGCUCCAUGUCAUCGACACCAUUCUGCCAACCGAGUCGGCGCUGCCAAUGACUACUUUGAUGUCGCAGAAGAACGUAACGAUCUUCAAGCGUCUGCUGGAGGCCUCUGGCCUUGACAACAACUUCGACGAUUUGGACAACAUCACAGUCUUUGCGCCCACCGACAAGGCCUUGCAGAACUCGGAAUGGGCACGCAUUUUGGCAGAGCAGCCCGAGUCACUGAAGAACAACAAAGCUUUGACUGAGUUCGUCAACUAUCACGUCGUCCAGCCCAUGAUUAAGACCUGUGAUCUCUCGGAGAGCCUAUUGCCAACGGUAGCGGGCACAAAUGUUCGCCUCAAUCUCUACUCAACACAUGCCCUCUUCUCGGACGUCAUGAACCGUGCUACCGUGAACUGUGCCCGCCUGGUGCACUUUGAUGACGAGAGCUGCGGCUCUGUGCUGCACCAGCUGGAUCGCGCCCUGACACCACCCAAGAACAAUCUGCUCAAUGCGCUGGAAGCUAAUCCCAACUACAGCAAGUUCCUGGAGCUGGUGCGCAAGGCCAAUCUGACCCAAAUGUUGGCCAAUGAAUCGGAUAGUUUCACGCUUCUUGUGCCCAAGAAUGAUGUGUUCGAAGAGUUCAGCGUGUCCAGCGAGAGCAAGCCUGCCCAGAGCCAGGCCGAACUCGAAGCUCAGGUCAAGACGCACAUUGUCAACGAUGUUGUCUGCUGUGCUGGCAUCAUACCCACCAACUGGCCAUUUGUACGCUCGAUCGAAUCUAUUUCGGGCCAGCAUCUGCGCAUCACUCGUGACCGCCGUCCCAAGAUCGAAAAUGCCGGAGUUACAAAAUGCGAUCUGAUCGCCACCAAUGGAAUCCUGCACGAGAUUAACGACAUCAUUGUGCCCCGACCACCGCCGCCGCAGCAUCAUCGACCACAGCUAACACACAGCUAUCAGCCCCAUGGCGACUUCGAUGUAUUCUUCUAAGGUCGAUUGUGCUAAAUGUCUCUGAGUGUGUAUCUCUACCUUGUCUAAUACACAUAUGCAUCUAAAUAUAUUUAUAUUAUUUUAUAAAGUUUUAUCAAUGAUGGAAAACUCACAUUAUGCAAAGUAUAACUGCAGUUAGUUGUCUUUCUGAUAAAUAAAAUACAUUAAUAUUAAAA